AUGGCGACCGCGAAUGGCCGCGAGCUGAGCAGGGCCGAGAGGUUUGAGGAUGAAAAGCGACGCAUCAUCGACAGCUGUUUCAACAAGAAGGAUGAAGACGGGUCGGGCCUUGCAAACGAUUCGCGACUGGAUUCUGUGAUCAAAUCGCCGACUAACCAACGUGCUGCAGUCCUUGAAACAUACAUCACCCAUAUCAAGAUCACCGAGUACUCGAGCUACCCAACGAGCCCGCCCCCUCCCCAAGCGCGAUCGCCGCAGACGCAAAAGCCCCGUAUUAUCAUCGUAGCUGUGAGAAAGUCCGGCCGUGUUCGUGUGCAUAAAUCCAAAGAAAAUCCGAAUGGGACCUUCUCAAUCGGCAAGACGUGGAACCUCGACGACCUGACCUCGAUUGACUCCUUUACCAGCCCAAGCCUCAAUCCAGAUCAGCGAUCAUGGGCCGGCACCGUGGGAUUCGUCGUGUCGCUUGGGAAACCAUAUUAUUGGGAGGCCCAGACGGAUAAGGAGAAGAAGUUUUUCAUUGCCAGCCUGCUCAAGAUAUAUGGCAAAUAUACUGGAGGGAGAGUGCCGCAGCUCGCUGGCUUCGAUCAGCAAGAGUUGGACCAGAUCCUCGGAGGUGUGCAAAGACGAGGCGGAACCCCAUCAGCAGUACCAGCAGCUGCAGCUGCACCGCCACCACCCCGUCCGGCACCACCUCCAGAAAAUACAAGCCAGAGCAACCUGUCAGUUGCAUCUGGGAGCUAUGGGGCUCCCAGUGUAACUCCGGAGCCUCGCGCCGCACCACGCGGACCUUUUGCACCACCGAAUGCACCUGGGUCUCCAGCAGGGAGUAUCGACUCUGGACGCUCCGCCAACCAAGCCGCGUUACGCCGCCUCGCAGGGAGUAACAAGAGCCAAGACUCGGUGGCUGCGUCUACCAUCCGCAGCGAUGAUGCCAGUAGUCUACCGCCAAGGUCGAGGAAUGGCCCGGUGAAUGGCACUGGCGCGUUUGGAUUGGCAGAAACUCCCGCACCGGAGGAGAAACCCCCAGAGAGGAAGCGGCCCCCCAUGGACCCGACCCGACCGCAGGGCGCGAACGACGAAGGUUUGGUACCAGCACCGCUGAGCUCGAUGCGAACCAGGGACAGGGACCCGGUCGUGCCACCUCGCAGCUCGGACCGCAUGUCACCACGAAAACCUUCGGGUAGCACACGGCCAGAGAUACCGCCAGUCAACGAACGCACCUCGACGCCAGCAUCCGAGCCACCUAGCACAGCCGACAUGCCUGCUCCUCUCAAGACCCCGCUGAACGGCUCGUUCACCAACGUGUCGGCCGCCUCGGCAACGUCGACUCCUCGCCCAGCCACCCCGCAAGAACCGACGGAGAAGACCGAGACACCAGAGGAGGAGACACGACCCGGCCUUGGACCGAUGAUCAAGAAGAAGUCUAGAGGCGAUAUCGCCGGUGCCUUUUGGAAGGCUGCCAGCGCCGCAAAUGCUUUCAAGCCCCGACCCGGGGGUGCUGGAGAGCGUCUACGCCAGGCGGCACAGACCAAGAGUGCUGAAGGACCGGACGGUAUCACCGGCGUGGUCCCAGCACCGCCUAGGCCGCUCUCGGUCGAUAAGCCAAAGCCUCAGGCCGAAGAACGUCCAAAGACUCCGCUCCGGAAUUCCGGCGUGCCAGAAGUCAAGAUCACGGUGCCUGGAGGUGGCAGUCGCCCUUCCAGCUCUCAGGGACCAAUCUUGGAAGUUGCCAAGAAGACGCCAGAGCCAGAACCGGAGCAGGAAUCACGACGCUCAGUUGUCGCAGGCAACGAUGCGAAGUACUUGGCGACUCUUGGUGUCGACCCCAGUCUCAUGAACACCAAGACCGGCGAAUUUACAAAAUGGCUAGAUUACUUCGGAUGGGUCCCAGGGGGACAAAUGAGGGGACACAACUACGAGGAGAUGAGGCUGGAUGUGGAGCGCGAGCUGAACAAGGCACAAGCCGGUGGCUGGCUCGCGCGGUUCCGGGAGGAGGACGAAAGGGUUGGCGCGAUCAAGAAAGGCAUCGACGUGGCGAUUGCCGAGUGUGAGGAGCUCGAUAAUCUUCUGACUCUCUACAGUGUCGAGUUAUCUACACUCUCGGAUGACAUUUCAUACAUUGAAGCUCAGGGCCAAGGUCUUCAAGUGCAGGCCGCGAACCAGAAACUUCUCAAGAAGGAACUCGAGGGUCUGUUGGAUAUCUGUGCCAUCACCAACGAGGAUCUGCAGUCGCUGCGCACCGCACCGCUGGACACUUCGGCAGGUAUCGAAGAGAUCGAAGCAGCGCUGGUCACAUUGUUCAAGGCCAUGAUAAAGAUCGAUCCGUCAAUGGGUACCAGCGAGCCAAGGCCCAGUGAGGAUACCAGCGGUGACCAGCCAGGGCUCAACAGCGACUUUGGCAAGAUGAGGAUAGUGCAAGAGAAGAAGGAAAUGUACAUGGUCGAGAGCGACACGUUCAUGCGACGGCUUGUCGCCUUUAUGGCGUCGCAAAUCGACACGGCCUGCGCCUCGACGAGAAGAGCCAUGGAAGGAGCCCUCGCCAAGAAGGUCGACCCACGCAGCCACGACGCCGGCAGGGAGCUACUGUGGAAGUACAGCCCUCUGAUACUCUACGCCCGCGAUGUGGAUCUCGACAAUUGGAACCGGAUCAUCCAGGUCUACCAGGACAAGAGCCACCCCCUAUACAAGAGCGAAUUCCGGGAGACGCUCGAUGCCUGGAAGCGCAACUCCCGAAAGCCCACUGGGGAAGAGGCAGAGCUCCUCUUCACCUAUCAGCAGGAGAAGAAGGAGGAAGGGAUUGCCACGACAGCCCGCAAGCUCACCGUGAAGCGAAGCCAGACCCUGGCGAGGAGCCUGAGGUCGCCUCUUGGCGAGGGAAGCAAGGUUAGCGUGGACAAGACUUCGACUGACAGCAGGAGUCUGCCGUACGAGGCGUUUGCGGGAGUCUUGGACGAUCUGCUGCCGCUCGUGGAGAUGGAGCAGAACUUCAUCGUCGACUUCUUCCACGCGACCACGCUAGAGCAGGCCGACUUUACCGACGUCGUCGCUGCCAGCAGGCCGCGGGACAGGCGAGGGGGCGAUCUGAAGCGACACAGACUUAUGGAGCCAGACCGCGAGCUUGCUAGGCGGGUGACCCGUGCGAUGGAGGUCAUCUUUGCGUUCCUGGAGCAAGAUCUGCAGAACUUGGUGGACUGGGUUUUGUCACAAGAUCCUCUACAAGGCAUUGGUGUUUUGGCGGCUUUGGAACGCAAGCUCACAGACAUGAGCCAGUCUAACCAGGACUACCUCAACAAUGUGCUGCAGAAGCUGCACGGCAAUCUGGAAGGCCGUUUCAGAAGGUUCGUCGACGAGCAGAUCCGGGCGAUCGAGGAGACCAAGGUCAAGAUCAAGAAGCGCAAGGGCGUCAUCUCGUUCAUGCGCACGUUCCCCAACUUCCUCGCUGCCGUCGAGAACAUGCUCAUCGGCGUCGACGUCAACUCGGGCGCCCGCCGCACAAUCGACCGCGAGUACGACCGUCUCCUGCGGACCAUGUUUGACUCUCUCAAGGUCAUCGCCCGCGAGAACCCGGCCGUGUCCGUCGGCGGCGCGGGCUCGGCGGACCCGGAGGACAAGGAGGCGCUCAACUUCCACAUCCUGCUGAUCGAGAACAUGAACCACUACCUGGAAGAGGUCGAGAACCCGCGCGGCAUCGAGGUCCUGGACGAGUGGCGCGACGCGGCGUCGGCCGAGCUCGCGGAGCACAUGGGCCUGUACCUCAACGCCGUGAUGCGCCGCCCGCUGGGCAAGCUGCUGGAGCACCUCGAGAACGUCGAGGCGCAGCUGGCGUCGGGCAAGACGGCCGGGGCCGUGGCGGCGCAGCCGAGCAACUCCAAGUCCAUCUUCAACAAGGUGCUGGGCCAGUACGACGCGCGCGAGGUGCGCAAGGGCAUCGAGACGCUGCGCAAGCGCGUCGAGAAGCACUUUGGCGACGCGGACGACCCGAACCUCAGCCGCGGGCUGGUCAACCGCGUGACGCGCGAGUGCGAGCGGUUCUACGGCGAGGUGGAGCUGCGGAUCAGCCGCGUCGUGACCGACGUGUACGGCGGCGACGUGCUCUUCGAGUGGCCGAGGGCCGAGGUCAAGGGGGCGUUUUCGAGCGGCGGGAGGUAA